UCUAUAUAUAUAUUGCCAAACAGCUACAUGUGAGCCUCACCAUUGCUUCGCUCGCUCUUGGACUUUCCCCGAUUCCCUUUCUCUCAGGAGGUGUUCAGAGAGAGAGAGUUUGAAAGAAAUUCGUCGUUGUUUGGAUCUUUUAAUUGAAAGUGAGAAAGGAAAGGAAAGCGGAAGAGCGAAAAAUGGCAAAGAAUGUGGGGAUUCUCGCCGUGGACAUCUACUUCCCUCCUACUUGUAUUCAGCAGGAAUCAUUGGAGGCUCAUGAUGGUGCAAGUAAAGGGAAAUACACUAUCGGGCUCGGACAAGAUUGCAUGGCCUUUUGUACUGAGGUGGAAGAUGUCAUCUCAAUGAGUUUGACAGUGGUUACUUCCCUCCUUGAGAAAUAUGGGAUUGAUCCCAAACAAAUUGGUCGUCUGGAAGUAGGAAGUGAGACUGUAAUAGACAAGAGCAAAUCCAUCAAGACCUUCCUGAUGCCAAUCUUUGAGAAAUGUGGAAAUACAGACAUUGAAGGUGUCGACUCAACUAAUGCGUGUUAUGGGGGAACUGCAGCUUUAUUCAACUGUGUCAACUGGGUCGAGAGUAGUUCAUGGGAUGGACGCUAUGGACUUGUUGUGUGCACUGACAGUGCGGUCUAUGCAGAGGGACCAGCCCGGCCUACUGGAGGAGCAGCUGCUAUUGCCAUUCUAAUAGGACCUGAUGCUCCUAUUUCUUUUGAAAGCAAAUUUAGGGGGAGUCAUAUGGCACAUGCCUAUGAUUUUUACAAGCCAAACCUUGCUAGUGAAUAUCCAGUAGUUGAUGGGAAGCUUUCUCAAACAUGUUAUCUCAUGGCUCUUGAUUCUUGCUACAAACAAUUGUGUAAAAAGUAUGAGAAACUGGAAGGAAAACAAUUUUCUAUUUCUGAUGCUGAGUACUUCGUAUUUCAUUCUCCAUAUAACAAGCUUGUCCAGAAAAGCUUUGCUCGUUUGUUGUACAACGACUUCUUGAGGAAUGCCAGCUCUGUUGAUGAGGUUGCUAAAGAAAAGUUGGGACCAUUUUCGACCUUAUCUGGUGAUGAAAGCUACCAGAGCCGGGAUCUUGAAAAGGUAACCCAGCAACUUGCAAAGCCCCUCUUCAAUGCAAAGGUGCAGCCAACCACUUUGAUACCAAAGCAAGUUGGCAAUAUGUACACUGCAUCUAUCUAUGCAGCAUUUGCAUCCCUUAUUCACAAUAAACAUACCACAUUGGCAGGCCAGCGGGUGAUAAUGUUCUCGUAUGGGAGUGGCUUAGCCGCCACAAUGUUUUCAUUGAAAUUCCAUGAAGGUCAACAUCCCUUUAGCUUGUCAAACAUCGCCAGUGUGAUGGAUGUCGAAAAGAAAUUGGAGUCAAGGCAUGAGUUUCCUCCAGAGAAGUUUGUUGAAACUAUGAAGCUAAUGGAGCACAGGUAUGGAGGCAAGGACUUUGUCACAAGCAAGGACUGUAGCCUUUUAUCUCCAGGCACAUACUAUCUCACUGAAGUCGAUUCCAUGUACCGAAGAUUCUAUGCCAAGAAGGCCGGUGAGAAGGGUUCUCUUGCCAAUGGUCACUGAAGUUGGCAUUUGUGUUCUUAGGUGUAUGCCAAAGCAAGUAGUAUUGUUCAGCAGUAAGUGCUGUAAGGUUCCAUUUUCUUCUUCUUCUUUUUUUUUUUUUUUUUUUUUUUUUUUUUUCUACUUCUCAAUGAGGUUUAUCUCAAUAAUCAUUACCUUUGUUCAACCCCAAAUGUAUUCUCUCUAUCUGGAUGAUGAUAAUGCAACAAACGCUCAAGUUCUCGAGAUAAUACUCGAUUGAGUGGAUUAAAAU